AUGAGAGAUUUGGUAGUUCUAGGAGGCAAGUCGCAUCCCUUAUUGACGAAAUCCAUCUGUCGAAAUCUCACACUCGAGGAAGGGAAAGUGGACUCACGGAAAUUUGCCAAUGGGGAAAUUUCCAUCGAAAUAAAGAACAGCGUCCGUGAAAAAGAUGUUUACAUUGUCCAAAGUGGCUGCGGCGAUGUCAAUGAGACUUUCCUCGAGCUAUUGAUUAUGAUGGCGGCGUGCAAGACUGCCAGUGCAAAAAGAGUCACUGCGGUGUUGCCCUUGUUCCCUUAUUCUCGACAACCAGAUACUCCCAUGUUGCCCAAUUUGACUGGAGCCCCCAGCGUGGCUACAAAGAAGGAAGAGUACACUUUUGACAGCGCUCCAACUACACCUAGACCCUUGUCUCGUGACGGGGUGAGGUCGAGCUAUUUCGAGAAAGAGCUGAACAGCACGGGAUUGGGAGAUGGCUCGGUGAAGGAAAAGGAUUCACUUCGGGUUAAUGCCACCAAGGCUCCUCAGCCUACGCGAUAUACACCAAAGUCAAUUGUAACAAAUGCGGCCUCAAUUAAUUUCUUGCCGCAAAUUGAUGCCCAGGGCAAGACCGAGAGCGGGUACAAGCAAUGGAUCUCACCGAACGGCACGUUGAUUGCCAAUUUAUUGACCACGGCUGGCGCAGAUAGGGUCAUCACGAUGGACCUCCACGACCCGCAAUUUCAAGGCUUCUUCAACAUUCCAGUUGACAAUUUAUAUUCGAGACCCAUUUUACAACAUUACAUCACCGAUUACAUCCCAAACUAUAGAGAGUGUGUUAUCGUGAGUCCAGAUUCAGGCGGUGCCAAGCGUGCUACUUCAAUUGCAGAUCAUGUUGGUUGCACUUUUGCCUUGAUCCAUAAGGAAAGGAGAGUUAAAGUUUCAAAAGCUCCACCACCAUCACUGUCCUCGAUUUCGUCGGAAAACUCCCCAAUAACCCCCCAGACGGCUCAGUUUACACCUCAAAACCACACUCCUCACCAACACCACCACCACCAGCCCCACAAUCACCACCAGCAUGCUCCUAGAAUGGUUGCCACUACAAUGUUGGUUGGAGACGUGCAGGACAAAGUAUGCAUCUUGAUUGAUGACUUGGUGGAUACAUCGUAUACAAUCACGAGGGCCGCCAAAUUGUUGAAAGACGAAGGAGCUAGCUACGUGUACGCGUUGGUUACACACGGUAUCUUUAGCGGAGACGCGGUCAAUAGGCUAAAGAUGAGUCAAAUUGACAAGAUUGUCACUACAAACUCGGUCCCUCAAAGUGAGCAUGUCACAAUUCUAGGUGAUAAGCUCGAGGUGUUGGAUGUGAGCAGGGUCUUUGCGGAAGCCAUUCGCAGAAUCAACAAUGGCGAGAGUGUCAGCAUGUUGUUUGAUCAUGGUUGGUGA